AUGAGAUUAAGUAAAUUGAUCCAAGAUCUCAAGAUAAAAAGACACUUACGAAUGAUUGACUAGUCACCAAUCUUGCUUAGAUCCGACUUAGAACAAAGUCUACUGAUGAAUUAUGUCACAAGAAUAUAGGAAAGAAGAGAGCGUAGGCACGUAAAUGAAUAUGCUGAUAGGAUUGAUAAAGAAUUUAAUGCAGAGUAAAACAUGGCUUACGAUUGCCCAGUUGAAGAAAUAUUUAAGAAGCUAAAUUUUACUACUAAUAAAAUGACGAGCAAUUUGAAUUAAAAUGGUUAAAUUACAACCAAUAAUAAGGACUUAAGUUUCAACGACUUCACAAAUGCUUAUUAAAGUAAUAUUGCUAAUACUUAAUCUACAUUCAAAUAAUAAUAAGUUAUUGGGCAGAAUAAUACUAUUAACUAAAGUGCAUAAAAUAAAAGAUUGAGAGUAAAGGGGGAUGAAUAAGUUCUCAAAAGACAUAAAAGUUAGUAAGACCGCAAUAAGUAGAAGAAUAAAAACAUGAUGUAAAAAAAAAUUUUAGAAAAUGAUCCAUUUAAGUUGAAUAAUUAAAAUAGUUAAAGUAAAAUCAAAGAUAAUUUAUCAAGGCUGCUAUAAAGUACAUAAGAUCAAACUAGUAAUGCAGAGUACUUUUCUUUAUUGAAUAAAACAGAUUUUUCAAUGAAUACCACUGUAAAUCAUACAUUCUAAACUACAAGUCGCGAAAAACCAUAAAUUAGAAAGAGAGUUUAGCUUUUUAAAACAGACAGAGGAGCAGACAAUUCUCAACUAAAUCAUAAUAAAGAUGAUUCUUAUGUAUAUGGUGAAUAAGACAUUGUUUCAAAUCAAUAAAAAAAUCUAGUCUUAGAUACGAGUAUCACAAGAAAUAUGAGGUAGUAUUAAACAGAAAGACCAAAAUCAUCCCUCACUCAGAUGUCUAAAACGACAAAGCAUCACACAUUUAAGCUUCAGUUUCAAAAGAAAGAACUUAAAAGAAAGGCGAACAUUAAACCUGUUAUUCAUUUCAAGCCUAACCUGGCAGCUGUACCUGCAUUAUUUCCUAAAGGAUGUUUAACUUGUGGAGGUAGAAACUAAUAAGUAAUGUAUCAUGGAGAUAGACAUAUAUGUUCAAGAUGUAAACCCACAAUAUAGUGCUUUGAAACUGGAAAAUUCGUUGAUGUAUUCCUAUCUAAAAUUGGAUCUAUAGUGGUUUUGAAAAAGCAAUCAUAAAAUGACGAAACUACUAAAGUUAUAUUUAUGAGAGAAGAAAACAUUCUACUAGAUAACAUUAAAACUUGGAUAAAAGAAAAUCCAGGGAAAAAAUUUAAAGGCUAAACUUUACCUGCUAACAAGAAUCUUGACUACGGAGAUUACAUGAAUCUAAAAAUAUACAAUCUUGGUUGCUAUGCAGCCUUAGCUGGCGAUGGUAACCUUAUAAUGCUUUUGAAAGAUUACUGA